CAAACAAAUAUUAAAACAUUUGAAAAAACUUUAAAAAAAGAAGGUUUUGAUGAAAAAAUAUUAUACUUUAAUAAUAAUUUAGAUUCAGAUUCAGAUUCAGAUUUAUUAUCUCAAAGUAAUAUAAAAACUAAAGAUUUG